AUGGCGAUUCAACCGCAAAAGGAGGCCGCGGAUGCGAUAAGGAUUACGCCCUUAAUCAUGCAACAGCUGGUAGUAGUUGGUGGAUUCGUUCUGCUACUUGUAGUAUGCCGCCCAAAAGUUAAGGAUAACCGUGAUCCUAUGGGACCUGGAAGCGCACACACAUCGACGGUUGAAGAUCAAACGAGCGCAACGAACAAGUGUCAACAGAAUCGAUAUGCUGGUUCUUCCUUCGUAGAAGUGACCAAUAGCGAUCACGGUCGGCGGUAUCGUGAUGAAGGCGCCUCUAGAGGGAUGCCUACGCGAUAUGAUGGACAGCAGAGCCAAAUCUGUUAA